AGGAACGUGACCAUACGGACCUGCAUGCUCAACCCACAGACACCAUUCAUGACGUUCUACCGGGAUGCUAAAGACUGGUGGCUGUUUGGGUUCUAUUUCUGUGUUCCGUUGGCGUGUUCUGCCGUGUUCUACACUCUGAUGACAUGUGAGAUGUUACAUCACAGGAAUGGAUCCCUCCGCAUCGCGCUCAGCGAACACCUCAAACAGCGUCGGGAGGUAGCCAAGGCAGUGUUCUGCCUGGUCCUGAUCUUCGCUCUGUGCUGGUUUCCCCUGCACCUCAGCAGGAUACUGAAGAAGAUGGUUUACAUGCCUCAUGACGCCAGACGCUGUGAACUGCUCAAUUUCCUAUUGGUCCUGGACUACUUCAGUAUUAACCUGGCCACAGUCAACUCCUGCAUCAACCCCAUCAUACUCUACUUCGUCAGCAAGAAGUUCAAAAACUGCUUCAAGUCAUGUCUGUGUUGUUGGUGUGACUCCAGUUUCCUGAUCAACAGUAUGGUACCUCUGAACCUCAAUGGAACCAGCCAGCAGAAUAAGAACCCUGAUCAACAGUUUGGUACCUCUGAACCUCAAUGGAACCAGCCAGCAGAAUAAGAACCCUGAUCAACAGUAUGGUACCUCUGAACCUCAAUGGAACCAGCCAGCAGAAUAAGAACCCUGAUCAACAGUUUGGUACCUCUGAACCUCAAUGGAACCAGCCAGCAGAAUAAGAACCCUGAUCAACAGUUUGGUACCUCUGAACCUCAAUGGAACCAGCCAGCAGAAUAAGAACCCUGAUCAACAGUUUGGUACCUCUGAACCUCAAUGGAACCAGCCAUGCAGAAUAAGAACCCUGAUCAACAGUUUGGUACCUCUGAACCUCAAUGGAACCAGCCAGCAGAAUAAGAACCCUGAUCAACAGUUUGGUACCUCUGAACCUCAAUGGAACCAGACAUGCAGAAUAAGAACCCCAUAAUGACAAAGCAAAAACUGUUUUGUAGAAAAUGUUGCUAAUUUAAUACAAAAUAAAUAACUGAAAUAUCCCAUUUACACAAGUAUUCAGACCCUUUACU